UAAAAAAUGAGGCGUAAGGCAAGUGCCUUAUUUUUACUUGCAUAAAGCCGCCCCUGCGGCAAUGACCACUUUUGGUGGUUGAUCUGUGGCCAUAUCGUCCAUCUACACAUCUUUGAUUUAAUUUAGUGAAUUUUGAUUAUUUACAACAAUGUAGAAAAGAAUAAAUAAAAGAUGUGUCUGCGUUCUUUGAUUGAAACAAGUGUUUUAAAUGUCUUACAUUUGCGUAAGGCUUGAAGUACCUUAAUUUUGUGUUCAACCUAAUAAUGAUUAAACAGAAAUAACAUAAACCAAUGAAUUUAAUUCAUUAUUAAUGGAAUAACUAAUAAAAUGCAGUAAAAAUAGAACAUUAAUAGAAAAAACUGAUUCUGAAAAAAUGAAUCCCAGGUAGAGUGUGGGUGAUUAUGGCGGUGGUGACUGUUGAGUAAUUAUUUGAGAGAAUUUGUGUGCGCCUUAGUGCACUGUCCGAUUAGUAAUUGUGUCUGUCUUCUUUUGUGUUGUGUGUACACAAGUCGGGAGGGUAAGUAAUAUUAUGUUUGGUAGCUGGUUAUGAUUAUGUAUAAAAUUAAUUUGUAAAUUUACAAAUGAUCUCCUAAGAAUGCCUCAAAGAGGGCACAAAUCUUAUUGGUGAGAAAGAAUAUGUUUCGAUUACUUGAAUAUGCAUAUCUUGGAAAAACACAUGGUCGUGCUUGAAGUUUGGGCAACGUUGCAUGAGCACAGCAAGUUGAUAUUGUUGGAAGUUAUUCCCACACACGGUGCGGUUGCAUUUGCACUUGGUCUACCUAAAAAUAAAAGCAAAAUAUUAAGGAAUACUUUAUAGUGAGAAUUUAUGAGAGCCAGCAAUUAGACAGUCGAUAUUCUACCUCAACUAAAUUCUCGCCACAGCAAUAAAUUUCGACCGUCUACAAAGACAGACUUAAAAGCCCCAUAUAAAAAAUAAUUCCAAACUCUUUAUCUUUGUUCAAUUUAUUUAUAACUUAUUUUCAUACAAUUCUUGGAUCUACAAACAAACCCCCUUUAUCCAACUGUAUUAGGAUCAUGCUCAUUCAUCAAAUAUUUCAGCCUUAAUUGGCCAAUUCUAUCCCCAUUCCCCUUCAUCAGUAUUAAACUAUAAAAAACCUCUCAAAGUUGUCAAAACCAGAUUGAACCUAGUAAAAGAAAGAGACAGUUCUAUAGCCUAUAUAGUAACAUAUAUAUAUAUAUGGAUCAAUUGAAGCCAAGCUCUGUCAAUUCAUCUCCCCUUACGCCAUUAACAUUUUUGGAAAGAGCUGCUGUAGCUUAUGGGGAAAGUAUAUCCAUUGUCUAUAACUCAACUACCUACACUUGGUCUCAAACAUUUACUCGAUCCCUACGCCUCGCUUCCUCAAUUUCUUCCCUCAUUGGCAUCAAAAAAGGCCAAGUUGUUUCUGUUUUAGCUCCUAAUAUCCCCGCAACUUUGGAGCUCCAAUUUGCUGUACCAAUGGCUGGUGCUGUACUCAACAACAUCAACACUCGUCUCGAUGCUAAAACCGUCUCUGUUCUACUCCAACAUAGUGAAUCCAAACUCCUAUUUGUUGAUUACCAACUAUAUUCUUUGGUACUUCAAUCACUUUCAUUGUUUCCAUCUCACAUGAACCCUCCAAUUCUUGUCGUUAUAGAAGAUGAAAACUCAAACUUGGAUUUCGAUGAAUGUACUACUUAUGAUGCAAUGUUGGCGAAGGGGAAUGAGAAUUUCAAUUGGAUUCGACCUGAGAAUGAUUGGGAACCGAUGACAUUGAACUACACUUCUGGGACAACAUCUUCACCUAAAGGAGUGGUACAUUCUCAUAGAUCUCUUUUUAUUAUCACGGUUGAUUCUUUAAUAGAUUGGUCCGUACCAAAUCAACCAGUGUAUCUAUGGACACUCCCAAUGUUCCAUUCUAAUGGAUGGAGUUACACAUGGGGUAUGGCUGUAGUUGGUGGAACCAGCAUUUGUCUUCGAAAAUUCGACGCUAAUGUUGUGUUUCAUGCCCUAACCAAAUAUAAUGUCACACAUAUGUGUGGUGCACCCGUGGUACUCACUAUGCUAGCCAAUUCCCCCUGUGCUAAGCCCUUAAAAAAUCCCGUGCACUUCCGUACCGGUGGUGCUCCUCCCCCUGCCACCGUUGUCCUCCGAGUCGAAUCAUUGGGAUUCGUGGUGAACCACGGGUAUGGGAUGACAGAGGUGGCAGGGGUGGUGGUGUCUUGUAUUUGGAAGCCUAAGUGGAACAAAUUACCGGCGAAUGUGAAGGCUAAAUUAAAGUCUAGACAAGGGAUUAAGAGCUUAGGAAUGACGGAAGUGGACGUGGUGGAUCCAGAAUCUGGAGUCAGUGUAAAGAGAGACGGAGUUACAAUGGGGGAAAUUGUAUUAAGGGGUGGUUGCAUAAUGUUGGGUUAUUUGAAAAAUGAAGAAGCUACAUCAAAAUGCAUGAAAAAUGAUUGGCUUUAUACAGGGGAUGUAGCCGUUAUGCAUCCAGAUGGGUACUUGGAAAUUAAAGACAGAUCAAAAGACAUUAUUAUUAGUGGGGGUGAAAAUGUGAGCAGUGUUGAAGUAGAAUCAGUGCUUUAUUCAAACAAUUUUGUGAAUGAGGCAGCAGUUGUGGCAAGGCCAGAUGAAUUUUGGGGAGAAACACCUUGUGCAUUUGUGAGUUUGAAGAUGGAACUCAAACUUAAACCGAAGGAGAAGGAAAUUAUAGAUUUCUGUAGGGAGAGAUUGCCACAUUAUAUGAUACCGAAGACGGUAAUUUUUAUGGAUGAACUUCCAAAAACAGCAACUGGGAAAAUUCAGAAGUUUUCUCUCAGAGAGAUUGCCAAUGGAAUGGGAUCGUUACCUGCUAGUCGAAUGUAACCACAAAAUAUCAUGCAAUAUUUUUAUCUUUUUUUCAUUUUUAAAUCUGUUUAUUCUUUCUGUCAAAUGAGGUUCAAGUGCAUUUUUUCUUGUACCGUAAUACUUCUAUAUAAAAAUGUGUGUAAUUUUUCUCUGU